CGUCGGCAGUGGGUGAUUGCGCUCGGGUUCCGUUUUCGAUCGAUGUCACAAAGAGUUUGAGGCUUCAAACGCCCUGAGCAUUGAACGGUCGCUUGCUGGUGCCAAAACUGCGGAUACUUUGAACUAGCCCUAAGAUUGGAUGGAAAAUUGGGAAACCAAGCGACAUGUUUCUUCAAUUUUUCAUUGAGUAACCUGUGCAACAUGAGGUAUUCGGCACUGAUUAGUUAGUUAGGAUAAGAAAAACCUUGACUUGUCUUGUAAACUUUCGACAACCAUUCCCAUUUUUGUCCUUUUGUCAAUUAUGAAAAUGAAAACAAAAUACUGCACUAGUCAGUACGACCAUCUAAGGAAAAAGAGAGAAAGAGAGAUGAGAGAGAAAUGAACGGGAAAACGAGCAAAAAAAACCCGAGACAAAUGGGGGUGGAAAAUAUGUUUCUUUAUUUUCUUACUUUUGCAUCACCCUUACAGUAAAGCUAACGUAGUCAACGCGACAUCGAGAUAACUAGCGAGGAAAGAGAGAGAGAGAGAGAGAAAAGAGCAAAACCACGAGUACGAAAGUAAAAAAAGAGUUUAAAUAUAGCGUAGUUGCGUCUGAUAGUCGCGAAGCUCGCAGCAAACGGAAAGUGUGCAAAUUUUGUCUUCAACCACUUAGCAAAUAGUCGCAGCAUAGCGCAACACCGCUACAACCCGUCAGCGGUGCACGUUGGUGCUGGAAGUUAAAGUUGUUUAAAGUUUAUUUUUCUGUGCGAAAAUCUCCGCGACCACGCGUCGACCGUGUGGGCGUAAGGAAAGGCAAUCGGAAGCGAUUCGGCUCGCCCGGUAGUGUUCGAAAGUGAAGUUAAUAUCGCGCGUCGUUAAAUAAGUAAAAGCGAAUACCAUUCCGCAAGGCAACCGCGCCUUUACCCGCGAGUAUUUCCGCCAGUAACGCGACCGUCGACGGAGAGAAAAAUAUUCGUUGCAAAAAGCAGAAAGCAAAUAAGCAAGAAGGUGUUUGUGUGAGUGUUCGCUCUGUCCCAAAAAUCCGCGUCCGAAUUCGUCGUCGUACCGUGUCCUGAUCGGCUGUGGCAGUAUCCGGCGUUCUAAUCUGAAACCGAGCGGCUCUGUGAGCUGAAGAAACGAGAAAAAGAAAAAUAAACCACCCGUAAACACCGCUCCCGAGCGUGGUGUCGAGUGGAAAUUUUCGUGGAACACCCCUGGUACGACGCAAACGGCCUCAAAAUUUUCCCGUCCACAAUUAAGGAAAUAGCGGCGCCUGUAAACUACUUCCUAACGAAAAAAGUCAUUAUGGUGACGAGAACGAAGAAAAUAUUCGUGGGAGGACUGUCGGCGCCAACCACGCUGGAGGAUGUUAAAAGCUACUUCGAACAAUUUGGACCGAUUGAGGAUGCGAUGCUGAUGUUUGACAAACAAACCAACCGACACAGAGGCUUCGGAUUUGUGACAUUUCAGAGCGAAGAUGUGGUAGACAAAGUUUGCGAAAUUCAUUUUCAUGAAAUCAACAACAAAAUGGUCGAAUGUAAAAAAGCACAACCCAAAGAAGUGAUGCUUCCAGCGAACCUGGCCAAAACGCGCACCGCCGGGCGUGGGACAUACGAUAAUUUUAUGUGGUCGCUGGGGACAUUACCUGAUGGUUUCCCCGCUGCCGCAUACGCUGCGUACGCGGCUGGUCGUGGCUUUUCCGGAUACCCGAGCUUCGGACUACCGUACCCAACAGUGGACAUCACCAACGGACAGUUGACACCAAACAACAACACACCAUUGCUGACGCAGGCUCUGUCGGUGAUGAACAAUUAUCAGGCUGCUGCUGCCGCCGCCGCGCAAGGAUUCGGUCCGCCGGCAUCGCCCCACACCACAACCACCCGGACCGCCGCUGGCUUCCCGAACGCCAACUCGCCCGGACCGACGAUCGACAUGUACAGCUCGAGCGCGGCGGAUAGCGUCGGUUAUGUUCAAGCCACCAGCCCGCAGCCAUCCGGAUUCCCAGCGAUCGCCGUCAGUCGUGCCCCGCUAAAUUACAGCCCAGGCCAGCUAAUUCCAGCGGCAUUCACCAACGGCUACCAUUGAAAUACACUAAGCAAUAUUUGAUCACCAUCGCUAGUACUUUGGACAGGGGUAUGAACACGGUUAGCUUGUAACAAACACAUUGCCAUGCGACGGGAAUCGAAAGGGGCCAGGAAAGGAAUGUGAAGUAAAUAAUACGAAGGAUUGGUAAACCUCCAUAAUCACCAUUAUUAAGAGCAGCAGCUCAUUCGCUCAACAUUCAACUCGAUCGAGCUGCGGUAUCAUCGCACCACCAGUACGUCUACUCUCCAUCGACAGCAGCAGCGCAGCAAGCAGAACGGCAGUGAUAUCUGAGGAUCGCAUAUAAAUACUAGAGGUAAUGCUAAACAUGAAAUAAUAUGAUACACUAAUCACAUUUCGAGCGAACGUAUUUGGGAGAAGGAAAUUAAAACAAAGCAGAAGAAAGAGAAGUAUGAACGAUAAUCCAAAAAAGAGAAACAAAACCUUAUUCCCAUCGUGUUUUCGCUUGUAAAAAAAAAAUUCUGGGCAGCAUAGUAGUGCGUCCCCUUUGACAGCAGGCGUCGUAUGCGCGAUCGUCAUUUCGAAAUUUGUAAAUGGCACACCUUUUUACCAUUUUGGCAAACAUUGUCUAAGGCAGCUGGUGAAACAGACGGCUGCCUCAACUGCCGGAUUGUCAACUGCGCGCAAUCUUCGGGGGUUGGAAGGAAAACUAUUCGUUUUCUUUUUUCUCUUUACUCCGUGCAUAAAACACUUGAAUGUAAAACGUGCAUUUUCUUCCACGUUUCAACCCCAUCCGGAUGGGAUAAAGUGUUAGAUAUUGUUAAAAUUUCGUAUCAUUCUUGCUUGUAAAGCAUGCGCUCGUGCAUCUGCUCGAUGUUGGCUGUUGCUGUACUCCUUCGAUGGUGAAACAGUUUCUUAUUCCUUCGAUCCCCCAUUUUUUGAGCGAGCAGGACACUGUCAGUUUUGUUGGUGGCGGAUGAUUGAUAUGAUGGAAAAGCCACGGCUACAGAAAACCCCUCCCGAAAUCAAACGCGUGAAACCUUCCGAGAGAGAUCUCGAAGGUGACGAUCGCGCGGAACAAGCUAACCGUGUCGGGAGAUGGCAAAACAACAAAGUAAUGAAGCGAGUUGAGAAUUAGAAGGAUUCGUUGGCCGCGUAGAGACAUGCGUGGCGUACAGAUAUACACGACUCGAUAUACUAAAAUGGGCAGCGUUACGGAAUGCAACAACAAAAAAGAGUAAAAGUGGUAGCAGACACGCAAAAAACAUACACACAUGCAAAUAUUUUACGGGGAGAACAGGAGGGAAACUAAACUGCAUUGUUUAAACUAUGAGCUAAAUGAACGAUUUGUUUUCAAAACUAAUUUGUUAUGGAUUAGUAAUUAAUGUUUACUUAAAGUCUUUUUGAAUUUGAGCCAAUUUAAAAAGCAAAUACUUAGCUAAAUGAAAAAAAAUACAAAUAAGAGAGAACGAGCUGUGGUGGAGGCAGAGAAACGAAAAACGAAAGAACCAAAAAUCUACUAUUCUUUAUAAAAACGAAUAACAAAAACCAAGCAUACAUUUAAACUUAACUAGACACACGCAGACUCGAACCUGAAUUUUUCUUCAUCCUUCAUGCAGAAAACAGGAUGAAUUAGGGCUUAGGUGGACAGCAGAACGUUGGGGUAUUCUUUUAAGAUGCUCCGGGACCGCACAUAGGCGACGGAGGCAGCUCAUGAGCCAUCGGUGACGUUAUUGCACAGGCACUCUACCCAAACUCCCGCUGACAGUAGCAAUGUAUUGGACGUAAAUGCGCCUUGCAGUUUGACGCUACUCGCAUUUACCUUCGUCUCCUUCUCCUCCUUCUACAUCCUACGCACAUAUUUAAAACACUGACAGACAC